AUGCAGGCAUCCAGACGGUGUCACUUAAGCGAAGCAGCCCGAGAGGAGGUGCAAGGCCGGGCUCCCCCCACUUCUGCAGCCCGAGAGAAAAAAGAACGAGCCCAUCCCAGUGACAACACAGACACUGGGCAGCUCUGGGAGGAUUUUUUUCCCCCAUUGCCAAAAUAUGAGGAAUGCUCGCUGGGCACCGGAGUGGCGCUGGCACGUUUCCGAGAACCACUGGGAAAUCUGAGCAGGGGUGUGGAAACUGGCUCGCCGGCCAUGACACCCGGCCCGCGCCCGGCCCGCCACCAGGAUGACAGCGGCCUGGCCGACCCUGCGCCCCACGGCCGCACCGUCAGCCCUGUGGCCUACCUGAGGGAGCCGGGCAGUGCCGGGUCCCGUCGUGCAGCGUCAGUGGUGGUUGAGAGAACGGGUGGCGGUCACAUUCGGCGUGUCCCCAGCCCGGGGGACGGGGCCCCGGGAAGGCCCCGCAUCGCUGCACUAGCGCCCCGCGCCUCAGGGCACGCGCCCCAAAGCUCGGCCAGCUGGCCCGUCCGAGGGGCUGCGGAGAACAGCGGAGGAACCUUCCCGCCUCAAGCCCGCUCGGCUCUAACUCCCGCCAUCCAAGAUGGCGGCACCAGCACCCGCGAUGAAGACGCUCUCAGGGCUGUCCGGGGCGAGCUAGCCCUGCGCUCGACACUCGUCUCCACGACCUGCGGCGCCGGCGGGCUCACUGCCUCUGCGCGAGCUCUCGGGCUCGGCUGGCCGCUUAAAACUGGGCUCGGGGAUCCAUCGCUCCGGCCUGGAAUGUGGCCCCGCCUCCGGGGGCGUGGCCUCGCGGUUCGGUCCUGCGGCCGCCAUUUCGGGGUUGACUCGGUGGUGGCGGUGUGACUGUCUCUGGUCGCAGGCCAGCGGUAUGGAGCCGCAGCCGCGCUCCGGCCACCCGCGAGGCCCUCGGCGGGCCAGACGCGCCUGGUGACACACGGCGCAGGACCCCAGCUCUGGUGCUUCCUCUCCGAAGUUGACAUCCGUGGAGAAUGGCGGCCUAGGGGUUUUGUGGGAAAGCCCUCAUACUAUGGGAAAUCUCAGGUUCCUCAUUUGUAGGUCGAGGGUUCGCUGUAGAACACCAGGUUGACCAAAAACUAAAAAUAUGGUGUUGCAUACCUGUAAUGCCAGCGCUUGGAAAGUGAGGGCAGGAGGGUCAGGAGUUCACGGUCAUAUGAGCUGCAUGACCCCCUGUCUCAAAAAAUAAUCAUUAAAAAAAAGGAUAGAAAAUUAAAAUUGGCCCAUGGUAAAGGGUGUUGUGCGUCUUCGUACAGCCCCAAUGGAAUAGACACCUGGAGGGCAAUGUGUAUUGUCAAUUGUGCUUUUUCUCCCCUCUUUGAAAUAGGUUCUCUAUCUAUCUAUUUAUUUAUUUAUUGUGGUUUUUCAAGACAGGGUUUCUUUGUCUAACAGGCCUGUCUGUCCUGGAACUCACUUUGUAAACCAGGCUGGCCUCGAACAAAGAGAUCGGUCUGCCUCUGCCUCUUGAGUGCUGGGAUUAAAGGCAUGUGCCAGAUUCCCUCUUAAUUUGAGGCUGGCCUCAGACUCCGGUUCUCCUACCUCUGUAGCCAUUUGGGGACCCGCAAGGUGACUCAGAGUAAAAAAGUUUGCAGAUGAUGGUCCCCUGAUGGAAGAGAGAACAGGGUCCUGAAAGUUAUCCUCUGACCUCAAUUCGAACCCGGUGCUACGUGCACAACCUGCAACCGCAUUUACAAAUACACAGUCAAUUUUUUUUUUUAAGUCAUCAUUUAUAAGUAAACAUCUCUUGGCAUUUAGUACAUUCACAAUAUUGUGUAA